AUGUCCAACUACAAAUGGGAGCUUGGUAUGUAUUUUACCUUCAAACGUAACAUUAAGGAUGCAGUCAUAUCAUAUGCUAUACAAAAUGGUAGAAACCUGAAGUUCAUAAAAAAUGACAAGACAAGAUUGAGGGUAAGAUGUAAGGAUGGAUGUCAAUGGGAGCUCUAUUGUGCCAAGUUACCAGAUGAAGAUUCUUGGCAAGGGAUGUUACCUGCAAUGGAUGAUUUGUUGCUCAAUGUGGAACAACGAUUUUGUGUUAGACACUUGUAUAAUAAUUUUAGGAAAAGGUUUCCUAGUAAGAUGUUGAAGGAAGUUACAUGGAAGGCUGGAAAAUGCAACCGAAGCACGGAAAAUAGCUCACAACAAAGUCAAGAAGAAAGAUUGCAAGGCUGUGUAUUGCAUUCAAACGGCAAUAGAUUCAGCGAACUUCGACAGGAUUUUUAUGCUGAAUCGACGAAGGAGGCAUGGGAUAUUCUGGUGAAGUAUUAUGAAGGAGGUGAGAAAUUCAAGGUUGUCAAGUUACAGACCUUGUGUCGACAAUAUGAAUUGUUGUCGAUGAGAGAAGACGAAAAGGUUGUAGAGUAUGUGUCGAAGGUACAGAAACUCGUCCAUCUCAUGAAGGGUUGUGGUGAAACCCUAACCGAUAAGAUGAUAGUUGAGAAGGUAAUGCGUACGUUGAACUCUCACUUUGAUCACGUUAUCGUAGCUAUUCAAGAAUCCAACAAAGUAGAAGACCUAAAGUUGGAGGAUUUGGUUGGUUUGUUGGAGGCGCAUGAGAUUAGGAUUGUUGAAAGGAAAGGAGUUCAUGAUUCGAUACGGGCACUGCAAUCUCAGUCAUGGAAAAAGAAUGGUGGUUCCAACAAAUUCAAAGGCAAAUUCAAAAAGAAUCAGGGAAAGAAGCCUUGGUCGAACCCCCAUAAGCAGAAGGAUGAAGAUAGGACUUCUGAAUCAUCGAAUGUGGGAGGAGGAAACUAUCGAAAGGACAAAGAAGAUAAAAAUGGUAAAGGUGUGCAGUUCUAUAAAUGUGAAAAGUGGGGUCACAUGUCCAAAUGUUAUUGGUACAAGAAACACAAUGGAUCGACAACAGGCAAGGACGAAUGA